AUGAAAAUUAAUUUGAAUAAUUGGAAUCAUUAGUUGAUCAUAUCGAUAAGGGACGACCGCUUUGCUUCGGUGGAGGACAAGAUUAAGGACUUACCCAAGGAGCUUAUAUGUUAUCGCGAGUUUCCCUAUAGUGUGACAGACAAGCGGACUGAGAUCAAAUACGAGGUGAACAAAAUCGAAGGAGGUGUUUCGUUUAGGUAUAAUUACUUGAACACAUAGUUUUUAAAAGGCGUAAUUAAUUGAGCAUGAUCCUUCGAUCUUGAUUGAUUCUCUUGUGUAGAAGAUGGCAAAACACUUAGAAAUUAUGACUAGAAUCUUUGUGAGACGGGAUGAAUCGAAAGAAAUAGUGAUACAGAAAUUGACUUAUUCUCCCACUGAUAUUGAGAUCACUUUGUAGUUUGGGAAUAUCCUGAGUGGGCAAUUCUACAUCAGCAAGAUGAUCGGCAAUUGUCUCAUGAAGAAGGAGGAGGAUUUCAUUCGUAUCUAUUUGAUAAAGAGCGAAAUAUUAGAGGGAAUUUUGAAUACGGAAUGUUUGAAAGCACCGCCUCUCAAUCUCAACUUGUUGGUUCAGCAGAAUGACAUUUGGUCUCUUAGUGAAUAGCUCUAUCAUACCUUUCUACCUUCUUAAUUGAUUUAGCAAAUGCUCGUGGAAUACAAUCAGACUACUUAUUUGAUAAUCAAUCAACACUAUCAAUUCAUUCCUACUAAAGAAUUAGGCAUCUUUAUUUUCAAAUUAAACAGUGGCUAUUAGCAUUUAAACUUGGUUAUAUCCUUUGCUUCUAAGUUUGUUAAUAAUAAACUCUAAAUUCAUUUAAGGGAGGCUACCCAAUAUUCAAUGUUGAUGGGACUUUAAAAAAUGGAUAUCAAUAAAUUUUUUGAUGAUUUGAAGUUUAAAAGCUUUGAGGAAUUUGAAAGAAUAAAUGAUUUUUGGGAUUAUAUAUAAAAGUUUUUUAUAACUACUUUAGCAUAUACUUUUUUUUACGAGACAAAAUUCUUGCAAUUAUAAAUUUUUCAAAAGUUGAGACAUCAAUAGUUUUUUACAAGAGUGUUCAUUUUAAUACUCUAAACCAUCUAAAGCUUCAGAUAAUGCUUAUCAAUACAUCUGAGAAGGGAUCCUCAUUUGGAUCAGAGGUAAUUAUGCUCGAUUUUUCAAAAUUUAACCGAUAAAUACUUACACAUACUCUUCAUAAGAUGUUAUGAUGAUGUGCCCAUCCUACCACAAUUGCUUAAAGCAUAUUAAGAGAAGAUAGAUGAGUAGAUAAAUAAGUUUAGGAAUAUCUCAAUAUGCUUUGAACACGAAAUCAAUGUUUUGACAAACAAAUUAUCCAACAUAUCCAUUGAUUUAAACUAAAAUGAGACCUCUUCGUACUCUUUAAAGAUUGUUAGCCAAUAAAAUGUACAACUUGAAUACAAAUUCACCAAACAUUAUAUAGUCAAAAAAUAAAUCCCCGAAAAACAAUGGUCAAUAUCAGAAUUUCCCCAAUCGGAAGAAUAGCUUAUUUUGAGUCAUUUUUGA